AUGGCCUCCCGCAGCGCAGGCACCCUACUGACCGAGUUCAAUGCCGCCUACGUGCCCCCUGGCCUCAUGCCCGGGUACCAAGGCCACGUCCCCACUGUGGCCUUCUCCUUUGGCGCUCCCUAUGGCACCACCACCCUCAAGUACUUCCAGGACCACCGCAACACAGCCAUGGAGAAGAGCCACACUCCUUUCAGCCAAGGCGGCCACUUCCCCACCAUCUUCUCCACCAACCCCAACCUCCUGCUGAUGGAGCGCGCGAGCACCCGGGACCGCUGGCUGCACAAGCCCAGCUACACUCGCUUCAACCUGGAUAGCCACCGAUCCACAGAGCUCACAAACUUCUACCAGGCAGUCCAGCAGCAUCGGAAGUACUAUCAAGACAAGACAGGCACGGUGCCUCGAGUCCCCUACUUUGUGCUGCCCGUGAGGGAGCCGGAACACUACCCCCUCCCCACUGUCCUGCCUCCUCUGUGCCCGAAGAAGAAGUGGCAGCUUUUGAGAGUAGCCCCCGAGAGCCUGAAGACCUACCAGACCUUUCCGUCAGGGAAGAGGGUCUCCCCGCAAGAGCGGAAGAGGAGAGACUGCUACUUCGAGUUCAGAGCAUGAGACCAGGUUCCUGAUGCCUGGGAUCCUGGGUGGAGACCAGCCCGGCUUCCCUGGAAUAAAACCUUUAGCCGUGACCA